GGGGCCGGAGAAGGGGCCAGGCGAGGGGGCAGCAGAGAGUGGCAAGGAAGCCAAUGGAAGACAGGAGAAGGGGCCACCAGAGAACAGCAAGGAACAGCAGGGAACAGCAGGGGGUUGGGCUGAGACACUUCUGAGAGACGUGAUAAUGGAAAAUCAGAGGAUCCUCUCCGCAAAGAUAAUGGGGGACUUGGAAGCGACCAAGGCUACCAAGAAUGUGGAAGCGGAACAGUUAAAAGUGAAGGCGAAAGAGUUGGCAGUACGGAACACGCUCAUAAAGCGCACAUGGGGAUAUUACAAUGACGAGGUCUGCCCCCAGAUCGUGAAGAGACUUCGAGAAAGGAGGGAGAAGAAAGGUGGUGAUCUCACUGUUGAAGAGGAGGACGCCGCGCCACUCACGCUGGGACAUAGAGACAUUCUCUUCGUCGAAGCACCGCGCCCGCAGCAACUUCUAAUCAGGGAGAUGACGCCGGAAGUACACGGUGAGCAGGCGGCGGAGCAGGAUGUUCAGAAUGAGCAGGAGGCGGAGCAGGGUGAGCAGGGUGAGCAGGAGGGUGAGCAGGAGGCGGAGCAGGGUGAGCAGGGUGAGCAGGAGGGUGAGCAGGAGGCGGAGCAGGGUGAGCAGGGUGAGCAGGGUGAGCAGGAGCAGGGUGAGCAGGGUGAGCAGGAGGCGGAGCAGGCGGCGGAGCAGGGGGAGGAGGCGGCGGAGCAGGGUGAGCAGGAGGCGGAGCAGGAUGUUCAGGGUGAGCAGGAGGCGGAGCAGGGAGUGCAGGAUGUUCAGGGUGAGCAGGCGGCGGAGGAGGGUGAGCAGGCGGUGGAGCAGGGUGAGCAGGGUGAGCAGGAAGGUGAGCAGGAGGGUGAGCAGGGUGAGCAGGAGGCGGAGCGUGAAGUACCCACUGAGUUCAAGUCGGCGGGGUCAGGAUACGAUUUUUCAGCAGUGCAAUCAGAGACAUCUACGGGGGCUAGAGCAGAGCAGACACUUUUACCAGUAGAGGACGUAGAGCGAGAGGUCAGAUCGGAGCAGCAACUGGAACAUCGAUUGGAGGGUGACGAGCAGAGGAAAGAGAGAGAGGUUGCGGAGGCGAUCCAGUCACUGGGUGAUAGACAAGUGGAUCGUUCACGUCUGUUGCGUUUGGUAGAAGAGUACAAGGCGAGGGCUUGUGGUGAGUACACUCGCAUGUCUCCCCUAUCCAGCGUCAGGGCUAUAUCUACGUGGAAGCUCGCUCUCUCGAACCUGUCCAGAAGUAUCUCAGCUCCCUUCCUGGACAGGACGUAUGCGUGGAGGCCCGUGUUCGACACCAUACCGAUACCCCUGCCGGUACACUACGACGAAGCGCGGAACGUCUUUCAAUGCAUGGGGACCUUUUGCUCGUUCGGCUGUGCAAAGGCUUUCAAUCUCAGUCGAAACAGCGUCAAGAGAGACAGGACGUGUACCCUACUCACGUUGUUUCGUAACAAGGUUAUCAAGAAAGAUGCCUCCUACCCGUUGUGGAAUUCACCUGACUCUUUCGGCAUAAGGGCGGCGGGUGACAGAUACUCGCUGCGCUUGUUUGGGGGGCCGAAGAGCAUAGAAGAGUUCCGCGAGGGGAUGGACGUGCUGGUCCACGAGUCCGAGGCAGACGCCCUCUCGAACGUUUCCGUGCAGAGAUCUAGAGAGGUGGGCGUCAUCUAUCAGCCGGAUCUGGGCCUCGAGAAUCGCCAAAAGUCCUUCCUCGAAGGUCACGACGAGUACGACACGACGGAAGCUUUCGAGACCAUCACGAGCGAAGGUCAUACUAGAAGAGGUAGAAAACGAAAGGGCGAAGCUCCGGAAGCUAGCACUAAGAGGGGUACUGCGCUGCUCGCUAUAGACGAGAAGAAGGAAGCUCAGAUACUGUCUGAUAUCAGGGAGGGUACGGCCAUAAAGAACCAGCCUUACAAGUUGAAGAGAUCCCUGCCGCUCCCCAGAGAGAACAGCACUCUCUUCUCGACGAUGAAGAUCGAGAUCCAACCGAGACCAUGA